GCAGGGAUGGGGACAGUGGGGGGACACAGCCCCAAGCUGCUGAGGUUGGCAUGGGGGUAGGUGAGGACCAGGGGGUGGCUGUGGGGACACCAGGAAUGGGUGGUAGUGGGGAUGGGCAUCAGGGGCCUAGGGGUGACAGAGGGGUCAAGGGCUGGGGGUGAGGGUCAAGAGUGAUGGUGGGGAUGCAGGGACGUGAGGGACAUAGGGUGGCACAGGGAGCUGGGAGCCAUGGAGGCAGCACAGGAGCGGCAGAGAGGAGCGGUACCUUCAGGCUCACCUCAGAACCGGUUGAGGGGAUGUGGAGAACCCUCACCCCAAUAAAGCCUUGGUGUGCAGCCCCAUGCCUGUGCCCUCUGUGUGUGGGGUUAAUGGGUGGGGGGCUCUGAGGGAUGCAGGAGCCGUGAAGUGACCUGGGAUGGGGGAAGCAGUCUCUACCACCACAAGAUCCCACUGCAGCCCCCAGCAUCUUCCCUUUGCCUCCGAAUACGUGCUGGAACCACGUGUCCUCUAUCACUGUGCACUGCCCCAGCUCCUCUGCAACCCCAAGCCACUAACUGCCAUGGGGUGGCCUGAGGGUGUGGGAGAACCAGGGAUAGUUUGGCCGCUUGCCCAAGGUCACUUCCUCCUCCUGCAGUCAUGGGGCCCAUGGCAGCCCAUGGCUGCCAUUGGCCCCAGAUGCAACCAUCCACUGGGGCAGCCCUGUGCCUCUGUUUCUGUGUCUUGCCAUGCCCUGAGCCCGCAGGGAGAUGUCACUAACAUGCACCAGAUGCUGCUGUACCUGGGAAUGCAGACCCUCCAUGCCCCCUAACUUGGGAACGAGACAGCAGCACCCUUGCUGCAAUGGCAAAUUGGUACUCUGGGCUGUUGAGCAAACCACUGCCCCCCCUCUAAAGGGGCACAACCACUUUCCUGGCCAUUCCAUGAUGGUCCUGUGCCCCAAGGAGUAGUGGGGUUGUGGGGCAGGGUGGCAGUGCUUGGGGAUGGGGUAGCAGGGAACAGGUAGCAUUGGAAAGGGAUCAUGGUAGGAGAUGAGGUGCCUGAAUAAUGGGCACAGGGCCACCCAAAAGGAUGAUGGCAUCUGGGGCUAAUGGCUGGCACUGGCCGCUGCAAGGCCCUGUGAACAUGGGGAGAGGAAGUGGCCUUGAGCAAGCAGCCUAACUGUUCCUGUUCCCCCUUGUGUACCUCCAGGCCACCCUAUGGCAGUUGGUGGCUUGGGGCCAGGGCUGGGGUGGUGCAAGGCUGCAGAGGACAUGUGGCUCCAGCACCCCUAUAAGGGCCAAGACAGGGCGAAGCUCUCAGCCCCAAGGUGAGGAGCGGGGACAGGAACAGGGAUGGCAGGGGGGACACAGCCCUGUGCUGCUGGGCUGGGGCUGGGAACAGGGGAAAGACAGCCCUGAAUCUGGUACAUGCAGCUCUGUGAUGCCCUGGGGAUGUGGUGGAAGGUGCAUGGUGGCAUGGGUGGCACAGAACCAGGUGUGGCCCCAGGGGUGGCAAGAGGCUGCAGAGCAUGAGGGACCUAGGGGUUGGCUGAGGGCUGGGGGUGGCAGCAGGGACAUGGGGAAUGGGUGGCACUGGGGAUGACGGGGGUCAGGGACUCAGGGGUGAUGAGGCUGAGGGCUGGGUGUGAGGGGUAGGGCUGAUGCUGGGAACACCAGAGGAGACAAAGGACAUGGGGUAGCAUGGGAGACCAGGUGCCAUGAGGACCAUUAGGGCUGGCCAAGGGCUCUCCUGAGAUGAUCCCAGGGACCACAGGUCCAUGGGGCAAGAGGUCCUCCAGCCCUGCCAUGUCCCCACAGCUCCCCACCAUGCAGCCUGGCCUGCUCCUUGUCCUGACCUUGCUGGGCAUGGCCUCUGUCCUCUGCCCCGCCUCCUGGCACACUGUGAAGGUACCUGCAGGCGGAGAAGGGUGCUUUGUGGUGGUGAAGGCAUUGUGCACCUACAAGCGUGCCCAGGCCUACUGCCAGGAGAUAUACAAGGGACAGCUGCUGGUGCACAGCACAGCCACUAACAAACAGCUGAGGAAGCUGGCAGCCACCUACACCUACUGCAACCUCUGGAUCAGGGCUGUCACCAGCUGCAAAGGGUGGUCAUGGAAGACAUCCUGGGAGGACCUGAGCCCCUGGAACUAUGCAAACUGGGCCUGCAGGCAGCCCUGCCGAUGGUUCAGAACCUGCACCGUGUUCAACCCCAAAGAUGGGCUCUGGAGAAGUAGAGCCUGCUUUCUGCUGCACCCCUUCCUCUGUCAUUACUGAGAGUGCCUAGGGGCCCUGCCAUAGCUCCCCAGUGCCCAGGAACCCACAGUGGCCCAUGUCACUGUCCCAAUAAAGUGCUCCACAAACUGCCUUGAGGCCACAUGUCCAUGUGUUUUAGGGCAGGAG